AUGAGCAGGCAUAAUCCCCAGGAUGUCGCGUGGCGACGAAGCCGAUUCGGGUUCAACGAGCUGGAAAAGGAGCCUGGAACGCCGUUUUGGAAGCUGGUGGUAGACCCGUUUAACGACACGCUUGUGAAGAUCCUUCUCGCCGCUGCUGCCGUCCCGUUUCUCACCUACGCGAAGGAGAGCAUGGUGUUCGCUGGCACCACAGUGGUCAACAGCUCCAGCUGCAACCUGGUCAUAGCCAUGGGCAUGAACACAGAUAUAGGAGGAUUUGGCCGCGUGGUGGAUCGGGGGCUUAAGAUUUACCUUUUCUUUCCUGAGUGCACUUACUAUUUUAAGAUUGCUGUGGCAUUGGCGGUUGCGGCGAUUCUCGAGGGGUUACCUGCUGUGAUCACGACGUGCCUGGCUCUGGGAACGAGGAAAAUGGCGCAGAAGAAUGCGAUUGUCAGGAAGCUUCCCUCUGUACCACUAUUAUCUGCUCCGAUAAGACUGGCACCCUGA